AUGUCGUCAACCCAAGCAGCUCCGCCAACCGUGAUAGCGCAGAAGCAAUCCUUCCUCGCUACCCAAACCCGCCUACUUUCGCAGCCUAUCCAACCGUCCCGCACAUGGCUUGCCGCCAACGACUCCUCCGAAUCACCACUAAGUGAUGCCUUGAUCGAGCACGUGGUUACUCGUCUGAACCACAACAUCGCCCAGCACUCUCGGCGCGCCUACCCUCACCAGGCCAGCCGACACGUCGCCGAGCAGAUUGACUCUCUUUACUUAUCACACCCCACAACUGUACAAGAAGAUGAGCCAUCUGACGGUCUCUCGCUCUACCUUGACCUGACCGAUGACGCUGCCGUCAAGUCACUGCCCGCAACAUGGCCAUCUGAUGGCGAUGUGACUACGUAUCCCAUGGAAGCCAGGCGCUACCACGACCAGUUUGAACGUCUUAAAUCGCUUGCACAGCAGAGGCAGCAAGUGAGAGAUCGUGUCGAGCGACUUGAGCGUAUGAAAGCUGUAUUGAUCCCUUUCCACUCGGACGGGUCCGGCGUCGGGGUGCAGGAGAAUCUUGUCACACGCGACGGCGAGGUCGAGAAAGAAAUGGAACGCAUGCGGGUUCUGCUAGCUCGUGUCGGCGGUCGUGUUAGCCUGCUACCCGACUCAACCGAGUCUGGGUCUCUUUUCAGGGAGGACGACUCUCUCGUCGUGGAGCCUGUGGUUACGGGCGAGAAACGGAAGCUUGAUGACCUUUUGGGCAGUUUUUGA